AGUAGGAGACAAGGGGGAAAGUGGGCCAUCAUGUCGCACAGGAAGUUCGAGCACCCUCGACACGGGUCUUUGGGCUUCCUGCCCAAGAAGCGGUGCAGACGUGGAAAGGGGAAGAUCAAGUCCUUCCCCAGAGAUGACCCGUCAAAGCCUUGCCACCUGACUGCCUUCAUGGGCUACAAGGCAGGCAUGACACACAUUGUGCGCGAGGUGGAGAAGCCAGGCUCCAAGCUGCACAAGAAGGAAACAGCCGAGGCUGUGACCAUCAUUGAGACACCCCCUAUGAUCGUGGUGGGUGUUGUCGGCUACGUCAUAACUGCCACCGGCCUCAGGUCGUUGAACACAGUGUGGGCAGAGCACCUCAGCAAUGAGGUCAAGAGGAAGUUCUACAAGAACUGGUUCAAGGCCAAGAAGAAGGCCUUCCACCGGUACGCAAAGAAGUACACGGAUGGCAAGAAGACCAUCGAGGAGGAGCUGAACCAGCUGAAGAAGAACUGCUCUGUCAUCCGCGUGCUGGCCCACACCCAGAUCACCAAGAUCGGCUAUGGCCAGAAGAAGGCCCACAUGUCCGAGAUCCAGAUCAACGGUGGCAGCAUCGAGGACAAGGUGGACUUUGCGUACCAGCUCUUUGAGAAGCCGGUGACUGUGGACUCCAUCUUCCAGGCCAACGAGAUGAUCGACACCAUCGCCAUCACCAAGGGUCGCGGAACAGAGGGCGUCGUCACUCGCUGGGGCGUCACCCGCCUCCCGCGCAAGACCCACAGAGGCCUGCGCAAGGUUGCCUGCAUCGGCGCAUGGCAUCCGGCCCGUGUGUCGUGGACAGUGGCGCGUGCUGGACAGCACGGCUUCCACCACCGGACAGAGAUGAACAAGAAGGUGUACAAGAUCGGCAAGAAGGGCGAGGAGAGCCACAAGGCCACCACCGAGUACGAUGUCACCAACAAGGAGAUCACCCCCAUGGGCGGCUUCCCCCACUAUGGCAUGAUCAACGAGGACUACAUCAUGCUCAAGGGAGCCGUGCCAGGCACCAAGAAGCGGUGCAUCACUCUGCGGCGGUCGCUGGUGGCGCAGACCUCGCGGACAGCGCUGGAGGAGAUCAAGCUUAAGUUCAUUGACACAUCCUCCAAGUUCGGCCACGGCCGCUUCCAGACCUCGGACGAGAAGUUCAAGACCCUGGGCAGGCUCAAGGCGGAUGCCAAGGCCUGAGCAGCGGGAAGGGGCUUUUCUCCUUGUAUUUGUAUGAGCUAUUGCAGUGCGCAAGUAGUUCUGAUUUGAGUAUGGGACAAUGGUGACUGUAAGAAAGCACUAGUAAAAUUACCCAUUU